AGAGCCCUAACUUCCCAUCCCCAUGGAAGUAACUUGUACACAGGUCUGCUCUGCUCCUCAUGGGAGAGGCUGUUAAAACCACCUGAUAUUUUGGUGACAACGCCCUGUAAGCCCUCCCUCUGACCUGACUUUCUACACUGGUUAAUCAAGAGCGAAAAAUCUGAAGAGAUGCAAGCAGGAAAGCAGAAUUAACUGAGGUGGGGAGCUGUGUAGUUUACCUCUGCCUGAGGAGCGAUGCGACAGGCAUGAUGGAAGUCGAGUCCUCCUACUCGGACUUCAUCUCCUGUGACCGGACAGGCCGUCGGAAUGCAGUCCCUGACAUCCAGGGUGACUCGGAGGCUGUGAGCGUGCGGAAGCUCGCUGGAGACAUGGGCGAGCUCGCCCUUGAGGGGGCAGAAGGACAGGCAGAGGGAAGCACCCCAGACAAGGAAGCCAGCGGCCAGCCCAAGAGCAGUGACGCCAACACCUCCUCCUGAGUCUGCCCGUGGUCCUAAGGCUGGACGAGACCUGCUGGACCUCCUGGACGGGGAGCCCUGGCCAGCUGGGCCGACUGAGAGCUUCAUGGAGUCCUCUGUGGCCCCACUCCAGCAAAGCCCUCCACCCACACCACACUCCACUCUUCCCCACCUCCCACGGUGCCCAGGAACACUCCGAAGACACUAGCACUACGAGAUGUUAUUUAUUCAGCUAGGCCGGGCUAGAGCCAGGCCCUGCCUCUGGGUGAGCAGCUGCCACCAGGACAGGGACUGACUGUCACCACUCACCCCUCCAGCCAGCCGUCUGUCCGGAAGAUCUUCCUAGCCCUUUUUUAAAAGCCUCUUUUACAUUUUUUAAAAACAUAACUUUUUCAGAGAGAGAGAGGGGAGCUGACAAUCAUUUUUCUUCUGUUUUGGUUUUGGUUUUUGGUUUUGUUUUGAAAGCCAUUUUAAGCUCAGUUCUGAUGAUCUAUGCCGCUCUAAGUUCCCUCAUGGAGCCGCACAGAUCUAGUUUGGGAAAGGAUUUGGACUCUAACUGACCAAUUCUUUGCCCUUUGUACCAAGAGACUGAUAUACUUAGGCCCAGGAAAUAAAUGCUGGUAAUUUGUG